CUUGUCCUUCUGAACCAUGCGCUUCUUCCGAGUCGGUACGGGGUCACCGUACGCCUUUUCAGCGUCGUUCCUUCUGCAAAAGCUUGCGGUACAAAACAUAGGGUCUCAAGGUUUCAACAUCAGCCACUCUCAAAGCCUCUGUCUACCCUUCGUCUCCCGUUUUGGACCUGCAGAUCCACAUGGAGAAGAGCCGGAGUCAACACCCUCCGCUGUUUGAUAGGGUGCACGGUUGGCGAUUUUUCAGCGCUCUGGAUCCUCCAGAGCUACUACCCCGGAUUGGGUAUGAGUAGCGUCAUGGCUAUGUCCAUGACCUCGGGGAUUACGACCUCGAUCAUUCUCGAGACAAUACUGCUCCGUCGCGGAGCCGACCAGCUUUCCUGGUCAAUGGCUGCUCGUACCGCCAUGGGCAUGAGCAUGGUCUCGAUGCUGGCCAUGGAAGUGGCGGAGAAUUUGGUCGAUUAUCAUCUAACGGGUGGUGUGGUUGCAUUCGGAGAUCCGAAAUUUUGGCUGGCAGCGGCGGUUUCCAUCGGUGCUGGAUACUUGGCGCCGUUGCCUUACAACUACCUGCGUCUGAGGAAGUACGGAAAAGCAUGUCAUUGAGUACCAUCGGAUACUAUUUAUCAUCUACGAGGAAGGUCCUCCGCGACGUAAAAGUAGCUCGACCCAAUGCAUAUGCUU